CUCCCCCUUUUCUUGUAUUGACGGCAAACCCUCCCUAACAAUUAGCCCCUCGGCGCAACAAUUCGCUGAGUGCAGACUCCAGACUCUCUCUUCUCUCUCUCUUUGCGUUUUAUGUGUCUUUUGUCUCAUUAUUCGAUCGUUAACUGUAAGAUUAUUGUAGCGAACCGAAAAGAAUUUUCUUUUUGGGUGAAUUACUUGUGUCAGAUGUUUGUAGUGGAUAUCGUGCUCUGCAGAAUUAUGCACCCUUAUACAUGUGGGUUCCUUCUUCUACUAGCGCGUACUGAACUUGGGAGGUGCUAGAGCUUUGCUUGUGUUGCAACAAUGACAGCUACUCUAAGAAGUGGAAUGGGAAGUUUGGUUUAUAGACUAUUCUCUAGAAGAUGUAGCCAUGUUGCUUUUCCUGUGCCUUUGGAGAGGACAAUCAACGAUAAUAUUGGAAGACUGUCCAUUCUGCCUGAAUUUGAUCGUGAGUUGGAAGAAAAACGUGGAAUCGAAGUUCCCAUUUUCUCUAGUGGUGGCUGUAUGGAGGUCAUGGCAGUCCCAAAGAGGAAGGUUUCUCCACACAAAAGAGGCAUAAGAAAUGGACCAAAGGCUUUGAAACCUAUUCCAGUUAUAAUUCGCUGCAAGAUUUGUGGUCGGGUUAAGCUACCACACUUCUACUGUUGUAGUGGUGACAGGGGACAGACAGGUGAACGUAGUGAUUCCACCCAUUAAGUUCUGUUGAAUAGCUGUGCUACAUGCAUAGUGAUGGUUAAUCAGUUUCAAUUUCUGAUUUUAAACUUGUAACAUUUAUAGGAUUUGAACAACAGUAAAAUUUUACAUCUCUAAAGUUGCCUGACCAAUUACUGUAUCUUCAAUUAAGAUUUUGGCUUGGGCUUUAGCCACAUUAUCAUUGAACUGCUGUUAAAUGUGAUCCCUAUUACCUUAA